AUGUCUCAUGAUCACCCCCAUCCACAUCCACAUCCGCAUCCCCAACCACAACCACAGUUAGGAGGUGGACCAUCUGGACCUCCAGGUGGACUCCCUGUCAAUCCAGCUUUAUUAACUUUACUGGACUCAUUACCACAUGAAAACGUUCCAUUCUCAUUACAGACCAUUCAAUUACCUUCACCUCCAAACGCACCUCCUCAACAAGGUAUAGUGGUCACAUGUACAGAGCAUCAAAAUUCUUCUUGUGAGAUUUGUGGAGUGGAUUUCAACGCUUUGAAUUAUAUGCAUCAAUUCUUGAGAAGUGCUCCUGCAGAAGCUAUUCCUCCUCCUCCAAACGUACAACCGCCACCUCAAAGAGCAGAGAUGAUCAAGCAGUUAAAAGAACAAGGGAAUACCGCUUUCAAAUCACAACAAUUCCCAGCUGCUAUUCAAGCAUAUUCCAAAUCUGCUGAUAUGGCAUUAUCGAGACCACCAUGGGAAUUAGCAGCUCUGUCAAGAGAUGAAACCGCUAUAGCAUUAUGUAAUAGAUCUGCAGCUUUCGCUUUUGUCAAUGCUUGGGCAAAUGCUUUAGCUGAUGCCGAAGCUGUUGUGAUAUUGAAGAGACCUUGGACGAAGGGGCAUUUCAGGAAAGCGAGAGCUUUGGUUGGAUUGGAAAGGUUUGAAGAUGCAAAGCAAGCUUUGAUUGAUGGAUUGCAAUACGAACCCAACGAUAAGGAACUGAAUAACUUUUUAAAAGAGAUCGAAGAGAAGCUACGUCAAGCCGAACCUCAGGAUUGA